UUAGCAUCAGCCAAUCGUAUUCGUCAAUGGGCUGAAAAAACAUUACCUAAUGGAAAAGUUGUAGGGGAAGUGAUUAAUCCGGAAACAGUGCAUUAUAAAACUUUAAAACCUAUAAAAGGUGGUUUAUUUUGUGAACGUAUUUUUGGCCCAUUAAAAGAUCAUGAAUGCGCUUGUGGAAAAAAAUUUAAUAUAAAAAAUUAUAUAUCAAAAAUAACAAAAAAAGAAAGCACACUUUUUGAAAAUAAUUUAGUUAACAAACUACAAAAACGUUAUUUCUGCCGUGUUUGUGAUGUUGAAUAUACCUAUUCUAUUAUUCGACGUACACAGUUAGGUUUUAUUCAAUUAGCUUCUCCAACAACACAUGUUUGGUUUGUAAAAGGGAUUCCAAGUUAUAUUGGAAUUUUAUUAGAUCUGAAAAAAAAACAUUUACAAAAUAUAACAUAU